UAUGUUAAUAAAUAAUGUAUCUCAAGGAAAUUUGCAAACUUGUUUCCGGGUCGGUUACGGUUGGCUACUUGGCUUUAUGGGCAGGCGCGGCUGAUAAAUACGUACUGCCAGUUACCGCGUCCGCCUGACCGCCUCCUUCCACGAUCGCGAUCACCGCCUCCACUCCACCACGCCGUUCCCCAGCGGAAACCAAGCGCCGCCCCUCUCCCCCACCGCCGCUCGCCAACCGCCCGCCAUGCCGAUCUCCUCCACCCUGACCGCGCGCCUCGGCACCGGCCCCGCGCCCGCGGCCGCGCGGUGGAGCCCCUACGCCCGGCCCUCUGUGCCUGAGCCCCAGGGCGGCCGCGGCGGCGCCAAGGCCUCCCGCACGGCCAUGCGCCUCGAUCCCGCGACGGCGAGGCUCCUCGCCUCCGCGCAGAAGGCGGCGCUGUCCGGAUCGAGUCGCCGUGUCAAGUCCGCGGCGCCCGACGCUGCUCCUGCCGCACCCGCACGACGGAGCCGUGGAGACGAGGCUGCAAGACCGGAGCCUGAUCCGAAGCCGGAGCCGGAGCCGGAGGCUGGGGACAACACACCAACCCUUGAGAAGCGCCGCGCCAGCGGCGGGGGUGGCUUCGUCUUCCUCCGCGCCCUCGCUGGACACACGGAGGCUAUCAGCGGGUUCUCUGUGCCACGUGGUUCCGACAAACUCUAUUCCGGCAGCGUCGACGGAUCUGUUCGCGUCUGGGACCGCAACUCUGGCAAGUGUGUUGAUGUCAUCAAGAUGGGAGGCAAGGUUGGCUGCAUGAUAACCCAUGGCCCAUGGGUAUUCAUUGGGAUUCCAAAGUCCGUUGAGGCAUGGAACACACAGACAGGGAUGAAACUGAGUCUUCAGGGGCCUUCUGGUCUGGUUUGUUCCAUGACUGUCACGGGUGAGAUGCUGUUUGCUGGCACGGGAGAUGGUCGCAUCAUAGCUUGGAAAUUUCCUUCUAAGGAGAGCAACAUUGAACCAGUGGCGAUCCUCAGUGGCCAUCAACGUGCUGUGAUUUCACUUUCAAUCUCGGCAACAAGACUUUACUCUGGCUCACUUGACAAGACCAUCAGAGUAUGGGAUCUCAUGACCAUGCAGUGUCUCCAAACACUCUCUGAGCAUAAAGCUGCUGUAACAUCUGUUCUAUGUUGGGAAGACAAGUUAUUAUCUUGCUCCCUGGAUAGGACUGUAAAGGUCUGGACCCUUUCAGAGUCUGGAAACCUUCAAGUCAGAUAUACCUAUGCUGAGGAGCAUGGGUUGCGCACACUCUUCGGCAUGCACCGCGUUGGGAAGACGCCAGUUCUUCUCUGCUCCCUCCAUAACCGCAACCGCAUCCGCCUGCUCGACCUUCCAUCGUUCCAGGAGGUGGGCACCCUCUUCUCCAACAAGGAAGUGAGGACCAUCGAGCUCGCUGAUGGUGGGCCGCUCUUCACUGGAGACUGCUCCGGCGAGCUGAAGGUGUGGCGGUGGGCGCCCCAGGACCAGGAGGCGGCGCCGGCUGCGCAAGCAUAGUAAUCAGUAUAGCCUCAUUGAAGACUGACAGCUCCAUCAUUGUAAUAUUGUAUGCUUGUAAAUUAUGGCAGCUCUAAAGUCAAUCUCUGACCAUUGUAGCACAGUGCCCAGAUGGCCAAUUUUUAUUUUGUGAGGCCUGAUUGGUGAUGCAG